AUGAUAUAUUAUAAUAGUAACUAGUCAAUUGUUUAUAAAAAUUCUCCCUCUCUUAAUUUCUAGUAAGAUAAUAUGUAAGGUCUUUAAUAGCAAUAGAGUUAAAGUUUGUUAAAUAAUAACAUAUUUGCUAACUAAGCCUUAUAGCAAUAUUAGCAAAAAAAUAGUCCUGUUUCUGCUCUCUAGCACUCAUUUGCAUAGCAAACAAAUACAUUAUAAUACAAUCAGUUAAAUUUAAUAAAUAAUAACAAUAUAGAUGAAAAUAAUAAUUUUAUGCUAAAUCAUAUCAUGAACAAUAAUUUAUUAGAGUAAUAAAACUAGGAAAAUUUAGGUUUAAUUAAUUCUAAUAACUAUCAUAAUCCUUUGCUUGAAUUAAGUGCUCCUAAAUUUGGAAGAUUACAAGAAACAUAAAUCCAAAAUUCUUGGUAGUAAAAUAAUUUAUAGGCUAAUUAAGAAUAAUUCUAAAAUACUGGCGAAGAAUGCAAACCAUUUUCAAGUGAACAAGGCCAAGAAUCCGUUCAUUCAGUUCCAGAUUCAAAAGAUCGCCCUCCACUUUUAUUUGUUGAUGUAAAUCUUGGUAACCAAAGAAGUGAAAGAAUUAUAGUCAAUGAAGGUGAUAAUCCAAAAUAAUUAGCAUAUGAUUUUGCAAGACUGCAUGGAUUAGAUGAUUAAACUGCUGAAAAGCUUUAUUAACUUUUAGAAAAUUAAAUAGCUGGUCUUCUAAGUAGAAUUGAAGAAGAAGAAAAUAUCUCACAUUUAGAAAAUCUUGAUUGA